CUUGGGAGCCGCCGGCUGGCUGGCGGGCACUGGGCACCCCAGGCGGAGCGCGGCGCGUGAGGGAGCCGGUCCUGGGCGCUGCGGCUGGGCGGGGAGGUCCCGGGGCGACGCCGAAGCGCCCGAGCGGCGGAAGGCACAGCACAGGGAUCCACAUCCUGAAGUUCGAAGACCAUUUAGAGCAGUGAUUCUCAGCAGAGGACAAUAUUACUGCCCAAGAAAUGGAGCAAGAGCCACAAAAUGGAGAACCUGCUGAAAUUAAGCUUAUCAGGGAAGCAUACAAGAAGGCCUUUUUAUUUGUUAAUAAAGGACUGAAUACAGAUGAAUUAGGUCAGAAGGAAGAAGCAAAGAACUACUAUAAGCAAGGAAUAGGACACCUGCUCAGAGGAAUCAGCAUUUCAUCAACAGACCCUGAACAAACAGGCCCUGGGUGGGAAUCUGCCAGACAGAUGCAACAGAAGAUGAAAGAAACACUACAGAAUGUACGCACGAGAUUGGAAAUUCUAGAGAAAGGUCUUGCCACUUCUCUACAGAAUGAUCUUCAGGAGGUGCCCAAGUUAUAUCCAGAAUUUCCACCAAAAGACACGUGUGAAAAGUCACCAGAACCUCAGUCCUUUAGUUCACCACCUCAGCACGCUGAAUUAAAUGGAAACACUCCAACUACAAGUGCAGAGGCAGUUGCAUCUACUUCUCUGUCUUUACCAUCUCAGAGUUGUCCAGCAGAAGCACCUCCUGCUUAUACUCCUCAGGCUGCUGAGGGUCACUACACUGUAUCCUAUGGAACAGAUUCUGGGGAGUUUUCAUCAGUUGGAGAAGACUUUUAUAGGAAUCAUUCUCAGCCACCUCCUCUUGAGACUUUAGGGUUAGAUGCAGACGAGUUGAUUUUAAUACCAAAUGGAGUACAGAUUUUUUUUGUAAAUCCUGCAGGGGAGGUUAGUGCACCUUCGUAUCCUGGGUACCUUCGAAUCGUGAGAUUCUUGGAUAAUUCUCUUGAUACAGUUCUAAACCGUCCUCCUGGGUUUCUUCAGGUUUGUGACUGGUUAUAUCCUCUAGUUCCUGAUAGAUCUCCAGUUCUGAAAUGUACUGUGGGAGCCUACAUGUUUCCUGAUACAAUGUUACAGGCAGCAGGAUGCUUUGUGGGAGUCGUCUUGUCCUCUGAGUUACCAGAAGAUGAUAGAGAACUCUUUGAGGAUCUGUUAAGACAAAUGUCUGACCUUCGUCUCCAGGCCAACUGGCACAGAGCAGAAGAAGAAAAUGAAUUCCAAAUCCCUGGAAGAACUAGACACCCCUCUGACCAAUUGAGGGAAGCCUCUGGCACUGAUGUGACACAGUUGGGUCCUUCUUUGGACCAAGGCAAUAAGGAUGUUCGUCAUAAAGGAAAACGUGGAAAAAAGGUUAAAGAUACUUCAAGUGAAGAACUUAAUCUGAGUCACAUCGUACCCUGUGAGCCAGUUUCAGAAGAAAAAGCAAAAGAAUUACCUGAAUGGAGUGAGAAAGUGGCUCAAAACAUUUUGUCAGGUGCUUCCUGGGUGAGCUGGGGUUUAGUCAAAGGUGCUGAAUUUACUGGCAAAGCAAUCCAGAAAGGUGCUUCUAAACUCCGAGAACGGAUUCAACCAGAAGAAAAACCAGUGGAAGUUAGUCCAGCUGUCACCAAGGGACUUUAUAUAGCGAAGCAGGCUACAGGAGGAGCAGCAAAAGUCAGUCAAUUCCUGGUUGAUGGAGUUUGCACCGUAGCAAAUUGUGUUGGAAAGGAACUAGCUCCACAUGUCAAGAAGCAUGGAAGCAAACUUGUUCCAGAAUCUCUUAAAAAAGACAAAGAUGGAAAAUCUCCCCUGGAUGGUGCUAUGGUUGUAGCAGCAAGUAGUGUUCAAGGAUUUUCAACUGUCUGGCAGGGAUUGGAAUGCGCAGCCAGAUGCAUUGUUAACAACGUCUCAGCAGAAACUGUACAAACUGUCAAAUACAAAUAUGGGCAUACUGCUGGAGAAGCUACACACAAUGCAGUGGAUUCUGCUGUCAAUGUUGGCGUCACUGCCUAUAACAUUAACAACAUUGGUAUCAAAGCGAUGGUGAAGAAAACUGCAACGCAAACAGGACACACUCUUCUUGAGGACUAUCAAAUAGUUGAUAACUCUAAGAGGGAAAAUCAAGGAGCAGCAAAUGCAAAUGUGAUAGGGGAGAAGGAUGAGCAGACGAAGGAAAGAAAGAAGAAUGAGGCAAAGAAGAAAGAUAAAUGAUGGAAAUUUUGGGAAUCGCCUAUACCAAAGCCUUAUAAGAUGGACGAAAUUUUGUUAAAUAGGCAAAUGUGGAAAAUAUCCACAGAUAUAACCAGUGUUUUUUAAAUGUAUUCAUUCCUACAAAGUGACUUAUAAAUUUUAUGGCAUGUAUUCUACUUAAAAGGAAAAGAAUUGGUAUUCUUGCAUCUAGCUUUUAGAAAUAUGAAGUUAUGUUCACAAUAUGUUUAUUUUUUUCCAAAUGUAGCUAAAAUAUUUUUGCAGUUAAAGCUAACAAUGUGCUAUAAACCUCAUUAAACCUAAUGUUAAACUAUUUUUGUAUCUGCUAUCUUUCAGAAAGCCAAGUAGGAAAUUAUAUAUUUACUUAAAAUUUGGCAUUUAGGAACAUUAGUUCUAUUUAUACUGGGAAGGAAUGAUUUAAAGUAUUGUCUUCUCUUUUUGCACUAAUUGUGGAUUUUUUUUUAGAUGCUUGUCAAAAUUUUCAGUGUAUAAGCUAAACAAAAACUGUAAUCCUUUAGGAUCUUAAGAAUUCUCAGAUAACAUUUUAAAAGAGUUAAAAACAGGGAGGAGACUGGUAAGGAAUACAGUGAGAGUCUAUAAAAUUAUUUGGUAGCUUACCUAUUAGGAAAUGAGAUGGUUUUUUUGAUUUAAAAUGAAUGCAAUAGAUUUUUAAGGAUUUUAUAUUGAGACUGGUAUUGAUCUGUUAGAAGCUAGGAAAUUUGGUGGCAUGAUUGGUACUAAAAUUUUAAGUGAUUUUGUUAUCAGCUUAAUUGGACAAAAAAAUACUUUAAGAGAUUAUUUUGCUGUAUCUGCUUCUGUAACCUUUUCCAAAAGGCUAAAACUUUGUGAAAACUAAAGCAUAAACAGAAUUGCGUUUUCUGAUGGUAAAUAUAUUUUUCUUUUGGGAUUCAGUCAUUGGAAUUUAUACUAAAAGCAAAUAAGUUAUUAAAAAGGAAAGGUUCUAUUCAUUAUCCAAGUAAAGAAUGUGAAAACUAUAGGUUAAUCCAUGGUGGGUAAGCAUAAUAGUUUCUACUUUGGCAGAAGACAGGAUAUUCAAAGACCUUUAACCUACAUAUGUGUAAGUAAAUACCUAAUGGCAUUUUACUUUUUUUUAUUAAAUUGGUAUUAGUUUUGAUAGCUGUAGUCCAUUCUAAUCAUUUCUGAACCUCUAGUGGCUGUUAGUUUAUUAGACUUUAUUUGAAACUGUCUGAAGAAUGCACUUUGUGAAUAAAAAACUGAAUUGCUUG